GAGCCAAAUGUAGAAAGAAGAGAGAGAAAAAGGAGUCAUGCAUAGAAUUGGCCAUGCAAGUUUGCCGAGUUUCGCCAUUUGGGGACUUCACGUCUCUCUAUUUUCUCUCUCUUUUUAGCAAUUUUCUUUCUCUCUUUUCCUCUUCUUUUAGCACAAACAAAAACCCCUCUUCCUAACUUCUUCUUCCCAAAAAACAGAUACAGAGGGAAGAAAUUAAAGAGGGGAAGAAAAAUUUCAUCAAGACUUGUCUUUUGGGGUUUUUUCAUCUAAUUUAAGGGGAAAUAAAAGAUGGGUAGAGGGAAAAUUGACAUAAAAUUGAUUGAGAAUGUAAAUAAUAGACAAGUCACAUUCUCAAAGAGGCGUGCUGGCUUGUUGAAGAAAGCCAGCGAGCUUUCUGUUCUUUGUGAUUCUGAAGUUGCUGUUAUUAUUUUCUCAAGUACUGGCAAGCUUUUUGAGUUUUCCAGUACUAGCAUGAAACAGACACUUUCGAGAUACAACAGAUGUGUAGUCUCAACAGAGACUUCUGCCGUAGAAAAGAAGUCAGAGGACAACGAGCAGCCACAGUUGCAGCAGCAGACGCAUGUGCUGAAGCAGGAACAGAAAGAGGUGGACAGUCUUAAAGAUGAACUCUCAAAGCUCAAGACAAAACAGCUGCGGUUGUUAGGCAAGGACCUUAAUGGUAUGGGUUUGAAUGAACUACGGCUUCUUGAACAUCAACUAAAUGAAGGACUAUUAGCCAUAAAGGAGAGAAAGGAGGAAUUGCUGAUACAGCAACUAGACUAUUCAAGGAAACAGGAGGAGAGGUCUGCACUGGAGUGUGAGACCUUACGCAGACAGGGUGGUUCCUUUCUGACACAAUUGCUUUUGCCAUCUAAUGAUCUACAGGUAGAAGAGCUCCGAGGGUUAUUUCCUUUAAGUGCUAGUUUACCGCCACCUUAUCUUGAAUACCCUCAUCCAUUGGAAAAGAAAUAUCCAAUUUUAAAAGAGAGUGAAGAGAGUCUGGAUUCGGACACAGCAUGUGAAGAUGGAGUAGACGAUGAAGAUUCCAACACAACCUUGCAAUUGGGGCUUCCAACUAUUGGUCGAAAGAGAAAGAGAACUGAGCAGGAAUCUCCUUCAAGCAAUUCAGAGAAUCAAGUUGGUUCAAAGUGACUAUUGUCUUUCAGGACUUGUCCCCUCCUUUGUAACUUGUUAGGCACAUGUCAAGGUCAAAUGAUAUUGAACCAGUUUUCAUGUUUAAAACAGGUUCAUCUGGACCAGUGAUUUUGUCAGGGACUUAAUGAUCCCUUAGAUGGCUUAAGUAAGAUGAAGAUGCUGGUUAAAUUUUGAUUUUGGACAUUAUCUUUUGACAGGGUAUUUAAAGAUGGAGAAUAGAUGAGUUCAGUUCUCCAUUUUUACUGA